AUGAAUCCAGUAUCAGCUUCAGCCGCCUCUGCAGCGUACCAGAAUCAUCAAAAACGAAGCAAGCCGCACUUACAGCCAGUACAAGAGCAUCGUCCCUGGGAGUCAAGCCAGGGUUACUUCGACGAUCUACGCAAGCCGGCUUCAGCAAAUACGUCCCAAAGCAUGCUAUGGCGGCAAUAUCGACAGACUCUCCCAGACACAGCCCGCAAAGAGGUGACCCCUACUCAAAGACUCGGCUCACUACUCAGUGGCUUCGCGACACCAGCCUUCCCUGGGUCUUCGGACCGAUCGUUUCGCAAUGAUUCAAAUGAUUCUAAAGGUCUGGUGGCGAUGCCAAAGCGCGAUAGAGGAAACGACUUGAUCCAAUACAUCCAAGACCAACGACACGGGAGGAGAAGGCCAUUACAGCUGCAAUUGCAGCGUUUUGACAGCCGCCAAGGAACGACAAGGCGGUACGAGUAUCCGAAUAUCGGUCCUUCACAGCCAGUGGCACGAAGCCAUGUGCCCCAAGACUUGAUUGAAGGCGCCCGCAUGUUGCAGCUAGCUGGUGUGGCAUUGCCUACCCAAGGAUCACAGGCACUGAUGCGUCAGACCGAAACGCAACAUAAUGGGGCAAUCGGUCUUCAGCCAGACACUGCAAAUGCGGCAAAAGUUCAAAGCAUCGCGCAAGAAGUCUUCGAGUUACAAGAACAGCCAAAGAGCGUGAAUGUCGUCCCCGAGGAUUUGCUCGAGUCGAUGGGUCGCCUUCGUUAUCAUGCCAGGAAUCAAUUUGAGAAUGACGGAGAUGGCUUACUUUCGGAGAUGCCAGACUCUAUGUCAGCUAAUGUCGCGGGAUCAAACUACGAAUUGCUCGCGGUUGCGUAUGACAUAGACGAGAACCGCAUACCAUACUCACGGAUCGCGCUCGCAGGACUCUCUGGCAGCGGGAAGACUCACUGCUUGCGACUCUUGUUAACUCGAGUGCGGACGCGAGCGCCUACAAUGGGUAUACUGGAGAUGGACCUCUCCCAUCCUGGAGGUAUACAACUCAAACAUCAGCUCCAGCCUGGCGUACAUGUAUGCGAUCGCAUGGAAGAUGUCACGGCUGUGCUGCAAUCCCUGGACAAAUCGUCUCUACCGUGGUCACUCGUUGUGAUCGAAGGUUUGAACAGACCUCUAGAUACCGAGAUCAUUCAACAUUGGUGCCAGCGCUUUUUCGCGUCAAACUACUGCGUCGUCAUUACUACCCGCAGGUUGGACAUCGCAAGAUCAUUCUUACUGUCGGAUCCAAGCCGUAAAGACAACCCUUCAUAUAAAUUGGCACUGCAGGUAGCGUGUGGAUUUGUCUCGCUGACACAAGGCAAGAGCAGACCAAAUCUUGGCAAAGACGCUGCCGCUUUCUUCACAAUCCUUGUUCACUGCGUGCGCCGCUCAUGGCUGAAUGUGUUUGCUGAAAUCGACCGGACCUCUCCGUUGGCCAUGAUGCUACUCGGAGUUUGGGCUGCACUGGGCAAAUGCGAGAUCGACGGCAAGCUCACAGCCAAGAUCCAGCAAGUCAUCGGCUCAGACGACGCCAUACGCUGCUUGCAAACCAACUGUCUCAUCACAACAGAAAUCCUCGGCGGAGAAAGGCUGUAUCGAUGUCCAUUUCCAGUGCUCAUGGCAGUGCAGAUGUGGCUAGUUGGGCAGGGAGCGCUGGAUGGAGCGUUCAAAUUGGCCGAUGCGGUAGCACGAAUGGAGAUGUCUUGA